GCUGCUCGGAAGCACUGUGGCGGACAUUCAUUCGUUUCACCCGUAACAACCCUCUGAGGGAACUACUAGCCUCGAGCAGGGUAUUGGAAAUAGGCCUCCCAUUUCACUGGCUCAGAGAGUUGAAGGAGUCUGUUUUGGGCAAGCAGUCGGCUGACCCCCAGUGGCACCCACAUCCCUGUGACGGAACUGCCAGGGCCCAGGCCAUCCAAAUCGACUUCUGUCCCAUGGAGCCUCCAGGGGAGAAGCCAGGAGAGACUGGCGGGCUGCGCAUCACACCCCAGCUGCUGAAGUCACGCACGGGCGAGUUCGCCCUGGAGUCCAUCUUGCUGCUGAAGCUGCGUGGCUUGGGACUGGCCGACCUGGGCUGCCUGGGAGAAUGCCUGGGCCUCGAGUGGCUGGACCUGUCAGGCAAUGCACUCACCCAGCUGGGCCCGCUGGCCUCCUUGCACCAACUGGCUGUGCUCAAUGUCUCCAACAAUCGGCUGACAGGGCUGGAGCCACUGGCCGCCUGUGAGAACCUGCAGAGUCUCAAUGCUGCAGGCAACCUGCUGGCCACUCCUGGCCAGCUGCAGUGUCUGGCCGGGCUGCAGUGCCUUGAGUAUCUGCGGCUCCGGGACCCUUUGGCCCGGCUCAGCAACCCCCUCUGCACCAGCCCUUCCUACUGGGCUACAGUCCGGGAGCUGCUGCCUGGCCUGAAAGUCAUCGACGGUGAGCGUGUGACUGGGCACGGCAGUGAGCUCUACCAGCUGUGCCGAGACCUGGACAGCUCCUUGCGCCCUAGCUCCAGCCCAGGCCCCAGGGCCACUGAGGCCCAGCCUUGGGUAGAGCCAGGGUACUGGGAGUCCUGGCCAAGCCGGAGCAGCUCCAUCCUGGAGGAGGCCUGCCGGCAGUUCCAGGACACACUACAGGAGUGCCGGGACCUCGACCGCCAGGCCAGCGACAGCCUGGCCCAGGCCGAGCAGGCACUCAGCCCCGCUGGCACCACCUCUUCCUUUGUCUUUUGAAUGCACCCAUGGCCCUGGACAGCCUGGAAGGUGGCCUCGCUGCCCGCAUCUCCCCUUCCUGCUCUGCACGGUUUCCUGAUACUGGUCAUUGGCCCUGCAGACUGGGCUACCCAUUCGUCCCUGUCCUGAGGGCAGCCCCUCUCUCCCUCCACUCUCCUCCCAUGUAUUGCAAGGGUGCACCCCCAAUGGCCUCUAAGCAGAUACAAGGGCUCCCACAGCCUGUGCGUCCGUGUCCACAGCUGCUGCCACUUCCGGCUGCUCCAGACUGAGAUUUAGUGGAAGGAGUUACUUCCUCCUAAGGUGAGAAAGGUAGGGAUGGGCCAGCCUCCUUUCCUAGGGAUUCCUGGAAGCUGGAGCUCACCCACCUUCCACAUUUGCCUAUUCAGAAGAUCAGUCCUGUGCUUCCUGGAGCCUUCUCUGCCGAUUCCCACUCACACAUCUCUAUUAAAUAGUUCUGCUCUCAUUUGCA